CCCAAAGACCCAAACGCCCAAACCAGGCCUGGGAAUUUCCCAGUUGCUUAACUUGCGUCCUACUUUGGCCCCGCCUUCUCCGCAUGUCCCGCCCAUAAUAAAAUUCGCGUUUUAUUAUGGCGAUCUUAUUGUGUAGGCAGCAUCAAGAUUUUUUAUGACCCCCCUCGUGUGUUAUGCGCUUUCUAUACAGCAGAACUUGGAUUAGCCUCGUAAAUUUACGCCUUUCCGUUCUUGGAAUCAGGCAACAUCACAUUUUGACGCUAAGUUUUGGUUUUAUGUGUAGUGAUGGGCCGAAAGAAGCAGUUUCCUCCGCGUCGUUCUGUAGGAGUUCACCGAAAGCUAGCUCCUUUGUCGGAAUUACGUGAUAGUACUCAUAAUAGUGAUGAUAGAGGCGAAAAAGACGACCUUGUUGAUCUUGAUGAACCAUAUUUUGUUGAGAUUGAUCGGUCUACAUGGUCCUCCGAUGAACAUAUGGAUAUAUCUGAGAUUGUCUUAACAGAUUUGAGGAUAAAUCAAGACCUUUAUAGUUAUAACUUAAGCGAAGAGCUUUAUGAAAAAGAUUCACAGUCUUUUUUGAGAUUUAGAUUGAAUGGAGCAAACCAACAUCUUAGCAGAAUUAAAUUAGGGCAUUGGCCUAUUUUACCCACCCCUAGUAUCACUGUUGAAUUGGUGGCAAAACAUAUGAAAGAGGGCAGCGAAGAACAUCUAGUGAUGGUUUCUGGAAAUCUUGAUGGGCCUGAUGAAGGGGUUUCUGGGCUUGCACAUUUAGCUAGUUUGAAGUUCUUGACAUUGAGGCCAAUGAUAAUUAAAACAACCUUUUCGGGAGGGUUAUCAUCUGUGAGGAUUAGGGUGGAGAUAUUAAGAGCUGUAUUUGAUUCGUGUGAGUCGCUUCUUGAUAAUUCGAGACAACUCUGGAAGAAGAGUAUGAUUAGUCUCAUGGCUUGGCUACGCCCAGAAGUUACGACUUCAGAAUGUAGAUAUGGACAUAGCUUCACAGGGGACAUAAACGGGAAAUCAUCUUCUUCAAGGAAACACGCCAGACUUGAUGUUGCUGGUUUCUAUGAAGCCAUUAAGCCAUCAAAGGAUGAACCUAUGUUGGAUGAUUAUCUGCCUAAUUUGGUUUCUGAGCUUAGACCAUAUCAGCGGCGUGCAGUUUAUUGGAUGGUACAGCGGGAAAAAGGAACUCAUGAGGCUAGCAAAAUAAAUUGGUCCCCUCUUUGCAAGCCAUUGAGUUUAAUAGAAAAAUCUGUUGUGUUAUAUUACAAUCCAUUCAGUGGAAAUGUAUCCCUUCAUCCAGACUGCUCAUUCCCAUAUAUUUCUGGUGGGAUUCUAGCUGGGAACUUAAACACUCAAAUUGAAGUGUAUAGAAAAAAAAAUCAACAAUCCCAUCUCAUGAGAAUGAGAUCGCAGUCACGCAUAGAGUUCGACAAUAUUGGCGGAGCUAUGAUUUUUUAGGAGCUUAUCACGUGUUGUAAUUCGGGUAGGCUAUUAGCUAAGUUUUUUCUUCUUCUUUUUUUUGUUCUUCUUUUUUUCCCUUUCUUUUUGUCUUGUUCUCUAGUUUUUUUUCCUUUUCAUCUUUCUCUCUUGUACUUUGUUUAACAUCUUCUUUAAUAAAACUUUCUUUUCUUCAAAAAAAAAUACCAACAGACCCAUCUUCAUUAGUGGUUAAAAUCUUAAUGAAAUUAAUUUCACAUUUACUUUCUUCUGCUGUUAUGUUUCAUUAUGAGUUGCAGAUGAGAUGGGAUUGGGGAAAACUGUUGAGCUGCUUGCAUGUGUUUUCGCUCACCAGGCGACGUCAACAGGCACUGCCAGUCUGCUUAAUUCAACACAGAUUCACAGAGACGUGAGAAAAGACCUUAAAAGAUUGAAGCAUGAGAGGGUUGAGUGUAUAUGUGGUUCUGUUAGUGAAAGCAUCAGGUAUGAGGGGUUGUGGGUACAGUGUGAUGCUUGUGAUGCUUGGCAACAUGCAGACUGUGUUGGAUAUUCACCACAAAAUCACAGAAAACCUAAAAAAGAUUCUAAGCAAGAAAUUGAUAGAAAUGAUGAUUCAUCUGGAGAAUUGCAUAAACGUGCAAAAAGGAAACGCAAUGAACAUAUAGUUGAGACAGAUGAGGUUUAUUUCUGCAAAGUGUGCACAGAUCUAAUCCAAGCCACUGAAGCUCCUGUUGCAUCUGGUGCUACUCUUAUAGUGUGCCCUACUCCUAUUUUACCCCAGUGGCAUGCUGAAAUAAUUCGACAUGCAAAAGCUGGUUCAUUGAGAACAUUCAUAUAUGAUGGCAUUAAAAUCACUACCUUCUCGGAGUCAUCUUUGGUAGACAUAAAUGAUCUUCUCAAUUCAGAUAUUGUCUUGACAACAUAUGAUGUGCUCAAGGAGGACUUGUCACAUGAUUCUGACAGAUAUGAUGGCGAUCGUCGCUUCUUGAGAUUUGCAAAAAGAUUCCCAGUUAUUCCCACUCCUCUCACCAGGAUACUAUGGUGGAGGAUAUGUUUGGAUGAAGCUCAAAUGGUCGAGAGUAAUGCUUCUGCUGCAACUGAAAUGGCAUUAAGGCUACACACAGUUCAUCGGUGGUGCAUAACUGGUACCCCCAUACAAAAGAGACUUGGCGAUUUGUAUGGGCUUUUGAGAUUCCUGAAAGCAAGCCCAUUUGAUAUUUUAAGGUGGUGGGCUGAUGUAAUUUGUGAUCCAUAUGAGAGGGGCGAUGAAGGAGCCAUGGAAUUUACUCACAAAUAUUUUAAGCAUAUAAUGUGGAGAUCAUCAAAAGAGCAUGUUGCUGAAGAGUUACAACUUCCUCCUCAAGAAGAAUGCAUCUCUUGGCUUUCUCUUUCACCAAUUGAAAAACACUUCUACCAGAGGCAACACGAAACUUGUGUGAAUGAUGCUCGUGUACUUAUUGAAGAUUUUAAGAAUAAUAUGAAGAAGAAACUACAAGGUAUUGAGCCGCCUGCAGAUACUUUAUGUGGUGUUGCUAUCACAAAUAUGGAGGCUGCAAAGCUAUUCAACUCACUUUUGAAACUCCGACAAGCGUGUUGUCAUCCACAGGUUGGGAGUUCAGGGCUGCGCUCUCUACAGCAGUCUCCAAUGACCAUGGAAGAGAUCCUGUCGGUUCUUGUAAGUAAGACAAAGGUCGAAGGAGAAGAAGAGCUUCGGAAACUAGUUGUUUCCUUAAAUGGCCUUGCUGGUAUAGCUAUCAUUGAGAAGGAUAUUCCUCAAGCUAUAUCAUUGUACAAAGAAGCAUUGGCUGUAACUGAAGACCACUCUGAAGAUUUCCACUUGGACCCUCUGUUAAACAUUCAUAUUAAUCAUAAUCUUGCUGAGGUACUACCCCAAAUUGCUGAUGAGUUCAUGACUGAAGGGGUUGAAGAUCACUUCCGGAAUUCAUUGCAGAGUGAGACAAAAAAAAGAGAAGUUUCAAAUCUGACAAUUAAGGAUUCAUCCAAUUCAUACAUAGAAACUGAGAGGCAACAUCUAAAAGCAUCUUGUGAAAUUUAUAAGCAAAAAUAUUUGUCUGUGUUCAGUUCAAAGUUAUGCAUUGCUCAACAAGAAUUCAGGAAGUCAUACGAACAGGUUCGCAAUGCACUUCUGGAUAAAGAAGAUCAGCAUACGACGUGGUGGUUAGAAGCCCUACACCAUAUUGAGAAAAACAAGGACUUGUCAGUUGAGUUUAUUCGCAAAACAGGAGAAGCUGUUUCUGGGACACUAAACACUUCUGGGGCAUCAAAGAUUGCCUCUUGCUUCCGCAGCAUAACAGCUCUGAAGUAUUUCAUUCAGACUGGCCUAGACUCAUUAGAAGACUCAAGGAGAACUUUACUUGAUAGACUUUUGGAUAUUGAUCAAACGAUGGGCAAUCCCAGGACGGAGGACAUAGAGCGUGUGCGAUAUUGUCCUAAGUGCUAUGCUAAUUGUGAAGGCCCCUUGUGUAUUCACUGUGAACUUGAUGACUUAUUCCAGGCGUAUGAAGCUAGACUAUUUCGGCUUAAUAAAGGGAAAGAUGGAGAUGCCAUUACAUCUGCUGUGGAGGCUGUUAACCUGCAGAAGAAGAUGUAUGCCUUAAAUCGGUUUUAUUCAACAAUGUCACAAUCUAAUAAGAAUGAGACUGUGCUGGUUCCUGAACCCAAAGGUGACAGAAAAAAAAGAGACAAAGGAGAGAGAGUACUAGUUUCAAAAUCUCCGUCUGAUCUGGAGGUGGUGCUGGGCAUUAUAAAGAGCAACUCCAGGGGACUGCUAGAUAGAGAUAGCAUGUCAGCAGCUGCGAAGCAGCUUCUUCUCCUUGAGGGUAUGCGCAAGGAGUAUCCACAAGCUAGGUCUCUUGCAAUUGCUCAAGCUCAAGUUCUCCGUGCUCAUGAUGAAAUUAAAAUGGCAACUUCUAGACUCCGUUUACGCGAAGAUGAGAAUGAUAGAUCGAUUGAUGCACUGGGCCUAGGAGAAUUAGUUGCAGCAAAUGCUCAGUUUACAAGUGAAAAGUUUUUGGCUUUGUCUUCCUUAUCUAGAGUAAAAGGACAGCUCCGCUAUUUGAAGGGUCUGGUGCAAUCUAAACAAAUUCAACUGGUUGAAAGUACUAAUAACAGAACAUCAAUCCAAGCAACACUGACAUCCAGAACAUCUGAAGAAAAACAAAAUGGGAGCUUCAUGAAAAAUGAGGAAUCAUGUCCAGUUUGUCAGGAGAAACUUGAUAGCCAAAAGAUGGUUUUCCAAUGUGGCCAUGUCAUUUGCUGUAAAUGUUUGUUUGCAUUGACUGAAAAGAGAUUAGGGCACUCGGGGAAACCCUCUACUAGCUGGAUCAUGUGCCCAACAUGUAGGCGACCUACGGAUUAUAGAAAUAUUGCUUAUGCCGUUGAUAAUAAAUCAGAUGAAACCCCCUUUGGUACCUGUGGAAAUUCUGAAGCUUCUAUUGCUGUUCAUGGAUCAUAUAGUACAAAGGUCGAAGCCGUUGUGAGAAGAAUUUUAUGGAUAAACUCAAAAAAUCCUGCUGCAAAGGUUCUUGUUUUUAGUAGUUGGAAUGAUGUUCUUGAUGUCUUGGAACAUGCCUUUGCUGCAAAUGGUAUUAGCCAUGUAAGAAUGAAAGGUGGCAGGAGAGCGCAUGCAGCUGUGAACUAUUUUAAAGGGCAAAGCAGCAAUUUGAUAGGACAUAGUAGGAGUCAUGAACUGCCACCAGAAACCAAAUCAGUCCAGGUCUUACUGCUCUUGAUUCAGCAUGGAGCCAAUGGCCUCAAUCUUUUGGAAGCCGAACAUGUGAUCCUGGUUGAACCAUUGCUUAACCCAGCUGCGGAAGCUCAAGCGAUUAGCAGGGUGCAUCGCAUUGGCCAGACCAAAAAGACCCUCGUCCACCGUUUUGUAGUGAAAGACACAGUUGAAGAAAGUAUAUACAAACUGAAUAAGAGCAGAAGGGGAGAAUCAUUUGUUAGUGGAAACAGAAAGAAUCAAGACCAUCCUGUGUUGACCCUCAAAGACGUCGAGUCCUUGUUAAGAGUUGCCCCCCCAUCCACGGAUCAUAACCCGUCUGCUGGGAGCCUGAUGCAUUUGCCACCAUCUGAAGCUGCUGCCAUUGCUGCUGAGAAGAGGCUAGCCAGUCAAUCGUUGGUAUAAGCCACCCACAUUUUUCUGGGGCGGGGUGGCCGAAUCAAAUUUUAGUCAGCCCCAACAUUAUGAAAUAAGUAUAUGAUCCAUGUAACAUAGUGCUUUGUUUGAUACUAUUAAUAGGUUCAGCGUUUUUUUUUUUUGUAAAUUACAGUCAGCAUUUUCAUUAGAAAUGAGGCGAUAGGUGGAAUAUUUUUGUUUUAUCUCUAGACUCUAGUAGUUUGACUUUCACAGUUUGAUGUUCUCAAUAUAAGUCUUUGACAAACAUUAUACGGAGUGUUAAAUUAGUUUAAGUAGAAUAGUGAUCCUUACUCGGAUUACAAGAGUAGACCAAGGAUAAAUUGAUAAAGAUAAUUUUCC